AUGUCGAAUAAAUCAACUACGAAAUUUAGGUUAAUGGCAAUAUCUUGUAUUAGUCAUGAAGACAUGAUACCUAAAAAAGAACACCAAAUAGAUAGUUAUAAAGGCCAAGGAUUUACUUUCAUUUUUUCUAUUAGCAAAGAUAAUUCGGUCAAAAAUAAAGAGCUAACAAUUAAACAUGAUCCAACUAUUUUGGCAUACUUUUUAGAAUAUUAUUCUAACAAUACGAUUAAUAACAUUGGAUGGAUGAAUACUGUAGUUGAAAUUAUACCAGAUUUAUAUCGUAUUAGAGAUUACGCACCAUAUGCUCAAAAAUUAUUUCAUCAUCCUUGUUUUUGUAUCAAACAAUUAGAUUUAGAUUAUUUUGAAUUUUUUGAAAUUUCUCCGAAUACGAAUGGUUUACUGAAAAUUACAAUACCUAUAACACAGUUUAUUCCACAAGAUUUUAAAUUUAUUUUUAAAUUUACUGGUUAUCAUAAAAUUUCCAACGUUCGAAUGAUUCCUUUAGUCGAUUUUAUGACGAGUAGAAAAUCAUUGCCAAAAUCGAAAGGAAUAUUCACGAAUUUUUUGAAGUCAUUGUUUCUUAUUGAUCGAAUUUAUCUAUAUUCAUCCUAUAAUAUUGGCAAUGAUAGUCCUUUUAUUCAAUUUAUAGAAAGCAAUGAACAAAAUAUUUAUGAUGAAAAUCCCUCAAUAGAAGCUGCCAUUUUUAAUUUCAUAGAUCUUUUAGCAUAUUUUUUACCGUUAUUCAUUCUUACUUAUAUUUUGACAUACUAUUAUUCUAUUGUUGUUGGUGAGGCCUUUUCAGAUGUAUUUGCAAAUAGCAAACGUGCUAUAUAUAGAUUUCAAAGCGAAAUGAUUCGUGAAUAUGCAAUUCAUAAAAAUUUACCAACUUAUAUUGAUGGUAUUGAUUCAAAAUUUAAGGAUAGAUUUAGGGCAAAGUAUAUCUAUUUUUAUGAUGAUUAUUCUAUUACAAAAGCAUGGAAAGAAGAUUCUGACAGAUUAAAAAUUGAACCAUAUCCUAAAAUAACCAUUGAUUCAAUUUCAAUUAAAGAAAUAGAAGAAAUAAGAUCAUACCUAUUCAUUUACAACACAUUCAUAUUAAAUUAA